AUUUGGUAAACUUGCAAACCUUUCUUUUUCCUCAUCCUUCUUGGGCGCCAUAGUUGAAUCUACAGAGACUGAUGGCUUCUUCUUCUUCAUCCUCUACGUCUCCUGUCUGGAAGUACGAUGUGUUCCUGAGUUUUCGGGGAGAAGACACCCGCAAGAACAUCGUCAGCCAUUUGCACAAAGAACUUGUCAACAAGGGAAUUGUUACCUUCAAAGAUGAUAAAAGACUUGAGAUAGGGGACUCCAUUUCCGAAGAAAUCAGCAGAGCCAUCCAAGACUCUAGAUUCGCUCUUGUCAUUUUAUCAAAGAACUACGCUUCAUCUAGUUGGUGCAUGGAGGAGCUCCUUAUGAUUAUGGAUCUUCACUUUAAAAAGAAGAUUAAAGUCGUCCCCAUUUUCUAUGGAGUUGAUCCUUCUCACGUGAGACAUCAGACUGGGAGUUUCACAUUCAACAGGAACCAAGGCUCAAAAAUGGCUAACAAGGUCACGCAUUGGAAAAAGGCUCUCAGGCAGAUCGCCAGCAUAGCAGGCAAGGAUUUUGCAACUUGUGGGGACGAGGCCUUGAUGAUUGAAGAUAUCGUUGAAGGCAUUUUAUACCAGUUGUUAAUUAUGCAGCCAGUAGAUUUCAGUGAUUUUGUUGGAAUGGAAGCUCACAUGGAGCUACUGAAUUCUUUAUUGAGUAUGGAAUCUGAGGAUGAGGUUCGUAUGAUAGGAAUCUGGGGAAUGGGAGGCAUUGGCAAAACCACCAUUGCCAGAUGUCUCUUUGACCGGUUUUCAAAGCCACUUCCUGCUCGUUGUUUCCUUCAAAACGUUUCGAAGAUUUAUAGAAACCAUGAUGUCUCGUAUUUACGGAAAAAGUUUCUUUCAACCACGCUUGGUCUCUCUGAAGAGAAGUUGGAGUUGUCAGGAGUAGAACUUGGACCCCAAGAGAUUAAGGCUAGGUUUGGACAUCGUAAAGUCUUUGUUGUCCUUGAUAAUGUGGAUGACUUGAAACAGGUGCAUGCCCUCGCUAAAGACUCUUGCUGGUUUGGUCCAGGCAGCCGAAUUAUUAUCACAACACGGGACAAGGGCUUGCUUAAAUCAUGUGGAGUAAGAACUGUAUAUGAAGUCAAGUGCUUGGAUACUUGUGCUGCUCUUCACUUAUUUAACCAGUUGGCUUUUGAAAGGGGGCUUCCUCCUUCUGAACUUUAUGAAAAACUGUCAAUCCGAGCGUCUUCACUUGCACAAGGUCUUCCGGCCGCUAUCGAAGCUUAUGGUUUAUUUUUUAGAAGUUUGACAUCUUUGAAGGAGUGGGACGAUGCCUUGUGUAGAUUUGUACAAGCUCCUGAUAAAAAUGUUAUGGAGAUCUUGAAAAUUAGCUACAAUGGCUUAGAGGAAACAGAUAAGAAUGUUUUUCUUCAUGUAGCGUGUCUCUUUAAUGGAGAACCACUCCAGCGUGCCACUACCCUUCUCGAUGAUGGUGAACUACAGGCUUGUCUGGGAUUAAAAAUAUUGGCUGAGAAGUCUCUCAUUGAAAUAACAGCGGAUGGGAAUAUAAAGAUACAUAAUUUGGUAGACCAAACUGCUAGAGCAAUUGUGAAUGAAGAAUCUGUGCAGAGGUCCCAGAAACGAAAAGUUUUGUGGGAUCCUUAUCAAAUUUAUAAACUGUUGGAACGUAACAAGAUGAGCGAACCAACCAAUUGCAUGGCGCUACACAUGUGUGACAUGGUUUUGCCGUUGCAUCUGGGUGGGUAUAGGAAGUACAAUGGUGAUCUCAAAUUCCUCAAGGUCUACAAGCACUUGGACCAUAUAGAGUCCAAACUGCAUUUAAGUAGUGACGAUACAAAUCUACUUUCAUCGAGGCUUAGGUUACUACAUUGGGACACAUUUCCCUUGACAACAUUCCCUUGCCGAUUCCGUCCACAAGAUCUUGUUGAAGUCAGUCUACAUUGCAGCAAUCUUACGAUAUUCUGGAAGGAAACCAUGGGGAUACCAAACUUGAGAAGAUUGGAUUUAUCAGGCUCUGAAAAUCUGGAACAGCUUCCAGAUCUUUCAGUGUCCGUGAAUUUGGAGGAACUGAUAACUCAAGGCUGCAAGAGGCUGAAGAGAAUUCCAGAGUCUAUCAGUCACCUUACUAGGCUUACGAAGCUUGAUGUCUCAUACUGUGAUGAGCUUAACAGUUACCACACAACUAUAAGGGAAUUGACUAGGGGCCGCCGUCAGAUUGCUUUGUAUUUCUCGGGUGAAGAAGUGGAAAUGGAGUCCAUUACAAAUCUAUCCAUUGGAGGAAACAUACAUAUUCAGAUGUUGUGGCUUGAUGGCAACGCAGAUCACCUCUGUUUUACUACUGAGCAACAAGCCCCUGUUGAAUUGACGAAGAGGGAGGAUCAACUAGCAAAUGAGAAGGCCAUGUUAGACUUCCAUGGUCAUGAAUGGAUGAUGCAUUGGGACGAGCAAGUACCUCAUAACCAACAACCACUUGAAUUUGCUACGAGGAGAUUGCAGGUCGUUCAGACUGUGCGUGAGUUUUGUGGUCAUGAAUCAAUGAAGAAAGUACAAGAGAAACCUCGACCCACAUCUGAGUUCCAUGGAUUUAAUACAAUAGUGAUUACAAGGUUCAACUACAACAGUGAUGGUGAAAGAUUCCUCUGUUAUAGCCUUUCCAUAUUCCCAUGCUUGAAAGAGUUAAUUCUGAUCAACUUAAACAUUGAAGUGAUCCCAGAUGAUGUAUGCAACUUGCAAUUCCUAGAGAAACUGGACUGGAGCGGCAAUGAUUUUGAGACUUUACCAAAAACCAUGAAUCAACUUCCUAAGUUGAAAUAUGUCAACCUUGGUAAUUGUUGCAGACUCAAAGCAUUGCCAGAACUAGUUCAGCCAGAGACAGUCAAACUCUCUGGCUGUAUGAACCUCCAAUCAUUGUUGGAAUUUUCUCAUGACAAACAAGAUUGUGGGAGAUUCCAGUGGGCUGAGCUUUGGGUUGACGGUUGCAAGAGCAUUCAAUCAGUUUCAGAUCAGCUUAUACAUUUCAUGAAGCUUUCAUAUUUAGAUCUUACCAGCCAUGACUUUGAGACAUUGCCAGCCAGCAUCGAAAAGCUUUCCUCAUUAAGAACUCUCUGCAUUAAUAAGUGCAAGAAACUCAAAUCGAUAAAAGGGCUUCCACUGUGCCUCAAGUUUCUAUAUGCACAUAGCUGUGAAAUCCUGAAAACUGUUUCUCUUCCUUUGAACCAUUCUAUAAAACACCUUGAUCUUAGCCAUUGCUUCUGUUUAAAAGAGAAAGAACAUCUGAUGACUCAGUUUCUUAGCAAAGGAGUAAACGAAGAGGUAUGUUUUCAACUUUCUGUCUCAUUCAUUCAGACACCAUGA